CCCGCCUUACUCUCGCUCGCCGCCGCCUCGGAGCAAGCGACAUGGGCUCCGCCGCCGAUGCAUCCGCCGGCCUGCUAUCGGAACUCCAAUCUGCUUACGAGUUCUCCGGAAAGACCUAUGGUAAGUUCUCCAAGCACCUCCACGACUUCUCCACCCUCCCUAAACCCAACAAGUCGUCCAAGUCCUCGGAGAAUUUCACCGCAAUCCGAGCGCUUUGUAGAUUCCUUCCAUUUCUCAACAAAUCCUUGUCGCUCCUCCCCAAACGCCUCUCCGAAACCUCUAAAAUCUCCAAGGAAUCUGCGACUCAUCUGCUCGAUAUUUAUCGGUUGUGCCUCAACUGCCUCGAUUUAAUCUCUUCGCAGCUGGAAGGUAAACCAUACAUAGUUGAAAUACAGAAAGGGCGUUUCAUACGCUGUCUCGGGGCAUGGAAGAGGCACCAGGAGGCGGAAUGCGAAGCACUCUCUGUACUUGAGAGCCUUCGAGUGAAGAUGUCGAAAUCGAAAUCGGCUGCCUCAAAAAGGCGAGAGUUGUUGCCUCCUUUGAAUGGAGCAAGCGUGGACCAGGAGUAUGCUGUGUUGGUUAUGGAGGCAGUAUUAACACUUGUGAAGUGUGCUUCGGUUAAGCAAAGCAGGGAGAUUGCGGAUUAUGAUAGAGUCCUCGAUUUGGUCAAUGAAGCGUCAUCUUGGAUCAAGGCUUUAGAGGCUAGUGCUUGUGAAAAAAUACAUCAUAUGCUUCUGAAAUAUUUGAGAGAAAUUGCUUUGUUUCUGGCUAUGGAUGCAGCACACCUUGGUGGGCACUUAGUGUGCAAGUUUUGCAAGCAAAUUUUUGAUCUAUAUAAAGGCUCAUCUCUGAGAGAUGACAUUUGGGAGUUUGCACAUAGUAUGUGCUCUUCCCUAUUUCCGCAACAAGCCUCAGAUAUUGUUGAUGUAUUGAAAUAUAUAUUGGAAACUAUGUCUGCUGAAAGCAAGGUUGGAAAGGAGAGCACUAUAAUAAAAUUUCUGAAACUUGUCUGUUAUUCUGCUAAGAAAUGUCGAAUAGCAACAAGUGUUUCUAAUGCUGUCGCAAUGUAUUUUGAAGAACUUGCCCUUAACCAUAGAAGACAAUUGAAUAAACCAGUGGAUAUGAACCAGGGAAUGUCAACUGCUGGUUUGAUUAUUGGGAUUUAUGCUACUGGCUUAUUUAUCAGUCAGUUUACAACUAACUCUACAAUCCAAGGAAACACAAAUGAUGGAUCUGGAUUCAGGCUUUUGCUUAGUCAAAAGGACAUUAUUCAGAAAUUGGAAGCUUUGCUCAAUUUGUUGAAAUGCCACUUUGGUAUUGGCGACAAACAAAGUCUCUAUUCACAGAAACAAAUUCUUUACCUGCCAUCUUAUUUUGAUGCCAUGAAAUUCUUAUGUCAUCCUUUAGCUCGGUUCAUUAUUUCAGAAAAAAAUGAGGUUUUUACAGAAACAGAGAGUCUGGCAGUUGUCCAGGAUGCAUUGAGUCAAUACUGCCAUUUGCUUUGCCAAUGCCAGAGUGCACCUGACAGCAAGCAAGAUGUGUGUGAUGAUAACAAUAGAAGUAUACUUGUAGCUGUGGCUGCCUUCACACUUUCAUUUAGAACAAAGCAUAAUAUCCAGAAAUGUGCCAAGUUUAUAGAAUAUCUCAUUGAAAGUGAUACUCAGCCCUAUGGGCUUAAGUAUCUCUUUACAUCUCUUUACAAUCUUGCUGUUGUUUUGUUCAAUAGCAAACAAAUGAGAGAGGCUUUAGAGGCUUUAAAGUUAUGCAGCAAAGCAUCUUGGGCACAUGUCUUAAGGAGCUGUGAAAUGUUCCCUCACAGAUCAGAUGAGUUUCAGAGUGAAUUAUCAGAAGAUGCUGUGAUGGGUUUCAUCAAUGAUGCAUGUGCAAAAAUUGCUAAACUUUUGGAUGUACUUUACCCUAGUUGUAGCAGUAAUGAAGCUGAUGAAAUUCUCACUGAUUGCCUUAAAAGCUGGUCUGUGACAAAAGCCUUGUUUGGGACACUGCCAAAUCCCAUAUAUAUUGUGAAACAGUUUGUAAAGAUAAGACUAAAACUCUCUAAGGACGUCGAUAUGGAGGAAGGUGCCACGUUGUUACAUCCUAUAUUGUCAUCUUCAGAAGAAUUUAAAGGGUCUGUUGGACUACUAAUGGAGGAGGAGCUUCGGGCAUAUAAAGAUUUGAAUGUUGUAAACCCAAGUUUAUGUCAGAAGAUGCGAUUGAAGAUAAUUAGCAUUCUUUUAGAAAAAGUAUAUACAACAGAGGAUGACUAUUUACCCAAAUCCAGAAUUCUUAUUGCAAAGUGUGAGGAAUUAAGAGCUAAAGGACUUUGCUGUGAAUGCAUUCCAUGCCUGUCUGAAGCAAUAUCCACCCUGGAUAAAUAUUUUGCAGCAAAAGAAAGAGGGGGUGAAAAACUUAGCUGCAUGGAUCCAGCUUGUCAUGUAGUUGCUUAUGCAUACUGCAUACGUGCACUAUGUACCAUCGAGAUUGAACCAAACUCAAAGCUGCCUUACGAAGAUAUUCGUGCUGCACUUAGAGUGUGGAUGCAUCCUCAUCAGUGUCAUUCAUCUGGUCAGUGUAAUAUGUUGUCUGGAGCCAUGUUGAAUAUGUUGUAUCAGAUUAUUGAUUUACUUUCAAUUAAGGGAAACCUGGAUCUUCAUGCCGAAAUUUUUGAGAUGAUGAUACGGUUAUAUAAAUGGAAAGAUAUCACACUGGAGACAUUACUGUCAUUGCUAUGGAAACAUAGAAGACUUGGUCAUGCUCUCUGUGCUUUGCCUAUUAAUGAAUUUUCUGUUCAAGCAUUAUCGAAGCAUUUUGGUGAAGUUACGGAUUCUUUUGAAUACUGGACAAAUUAUCUGAAGGAAUCACAGCCCUUAUUGGUUGGGUUUCAACAGAGCUUCCAUAUGAUAUUUGCUCUCUCAUCUCAGAGGCCCUGUAAUCAUAAGGCCUUCCUUCCACCAGAUAUUUCAGAUGAUAAAGUCAAGCUCACUGCAUCAGAUCUCAUUUCCAAUGUUCCUCUAUCCAGUGGUUCAGCUUUUCUUUCAGCUUAUCUGUAUUAUGACUUGAGUGAAAGACUAAUUCUAAGUGGACAACUAACUGAAGCUCUUUCAUAUGCAAAAGAAGCAUACCGUUUACGACAUGCCCUUCUAAAUAGGAAUUUCCUGUGUCACACGGAACAGCAGAUUGAGAACUGCCGUCUUGUGUCCUUCAAAAUAUGUGAUUCAGUGGCCACAGAAUCUUGGUUUUGUGGAGAUGUUUCUUCCGAUUUUGAAAGUUGCAAACUAACUCCUUGGAAUGUGCUCCAGUGCUAUCUUGGAAGCAUGCUACAGGUUGGAACCAUUAAUGAGAUGCUUGGAAAUGGAAAUGUGGCGAAACAUCUUCUACAGUUGGGAAAAGACAUCUCAUGCACUCAGAGCUUGCCACUUUUCAUAGUUUCUUUUUCUUGCAUUCUAGGUCAAAUAUACUGUAAAGAGCAGCUCUGGGAGUUGGCAGAAAAGGAAGCUCACGAAGCUAAGAAAGCUUUGGUUGAUAAUUCCAUUGUCGUUUCGUGCAAGUGCAGAGCUUUAUAUGAAGUUUCUAUUGAUCAGCUAUUUGGAGAUAUAUACAGAAAACAGUUUUGUAGAAAUCCAGAAAAUUCUACCUCACAGGAAUUAGCAUGUGUUAAAGGGAAGUACAAAUCUGCAGUUGACAAAUUAGCUCUCUCUGAAUGGAAUAACUUUUCUGGUGGUCCUAAGGCAGUAGGUUCUGAGCAUGCCAAACAUGAAUCUUGUUCACUUUCUUAUUCUGCAACUGAUCAUAUGGUUUUGGAGGAGGUUCCAUCCAGAAACAGAAAACACGAAAAUGCAGUUGAGACUAUAAUGGCUAGGAAGACAAAGGAGCCUCAGCCUGGUAUAAGGAUGACAAGGUCUAGAUAUCGUUCUUCUCAGAAAAAAUGUGAAACUGCUGGUGAACAGACUGAUACUGCUGCCGACUUGAACUGUACAUGCUACAGAUUGAAGUGUUGGCACCAUCUUCCUAAUGAGGCUAUUCAAUCUGGGUGUAUGAGCCAUUUCAUACACUUGAAAUGGGAGCUUGUCCGAAGACAACUCUUACAAAGGAUGCUAAUUAGACUAGGAAAAUGCUUGUGUCUAUGUAAUGAGAACCAUGAAGCACAUAAGAUCUUUCUUCAAAGUGUAUCUUUGGUCACUAGAGAUCCAUCCUGUCCCCAGUAUUCUUCUCUUCCUUUUGUUUCCUUGAUUGACCAGAUUGGAAAGGACAGUUGGGCAAAGUUAUUGGCAAUUGAUCAUGUAGAACUGCUUUAUAACAUUUGCUGGUCUGCUUUGAAAAGUAAUCAUUGCAAAGCAACCAGGAAAUUUUGUUGUAAGAACUGUGACUUUUCUUCUAUUAAGAUAUCAAAGAUAGUAUCCUGGCUGAAGCUAGCCUUUAUUCAGAGUACUGAAAUUCCUUUUCAUUUUCAAAAGGUCUCAAGGUUACUUGCUGCAGUCUAUGUACUUUCAACAUCUGUCAAGACUUUUGCUUUACCAUCUAGCAAAGUAAUCUCUGAAAGUCACUGGGCUUCAUUCUUCCAUCAAGCAUCAAUUGGUGCUCAUUUCAACCUUCAGCUCUUCUCAACCCUAAUGAAGCAUCAGAAUGGCCUAAACCUUUUGGAUUCUGAGGGCUCCAAAGAAAUUGGUCAAGGAAAAUGCAGCACCCUCAGGCUUGCACCUGGAGCAGUUGACAAUCUUGAAGAUUUCGUUCUACAAUAUUUCAAAAGUUUGCCUUCUAGUACAGUUGUCUGUAUUAGCUUCAUUAUAGGUGCUCUUGCCAGUUUGUUGAGUCAGUUGUUGUCCUGUCCUUCACCUAUUCAAGCAUGGAUACUUCUGUCGCGGAUGAGCUCAGUAAAUAGGCCUGUUGUAGUAAUUAUCCCUGUACAUUCAAUUUUAACAGAAGUUUCAGACUUUGAAGAACUCUGUUCCAGCUUUUCCUUUCAAGCCAAUGACUUCACCAAGCAGUGGCGUUGCCCUUGGGCAUCUGGUGUAAUUGAUGAUGUGGCCCCUAUCUUUAGGGACAUAUUGGAGAAGAAUCACUUGUCCUCUUCCCAUUGUACUAUAGAAGAUACCCCAGAAAGCAGGUCUUUAUGGUGGAAGAGGAGGAGGCAACUUGAUCAGUGCCUUGCAAAAUUUUUGCAGGAUUUAGAGGAUUUUUGGUUGGGUCCUUGGAGAUACUUACUUUUGGGCGAAUUAUCAGAAUGUGAGCUCCAGGAUUCAUUAUUGAUGGACCUUGCUGACCAUAUGAAACUCAUGAAUAAAGAAGAUGUUGAUAUGGGUCUUCUCAAUAUAGUUCUUGGAGGUGCUAAUUAUGCUGCUAAGAAAGGUGAUUGCAAUUUGCAGCUGGUUUUAACUAAUGGAAGCUGCAUAGGUGGUGGACAGGGUGGUUAUAUGCCUCAGCCAUUAUCUAACAGUUGUACAGAUUCAGAUACCAGCUAUGAACCAGUACAUAAAAUAAUACUUGAUUUUGCUGACAAGCUGGAGGACUCUGGAUGCAUAAAUAGAAAACCUACCAUUCUUGUUUUGGAUUUUAAUUUGCAGAUGCUUCCAUGGGAGAGCCUUCCAAUAUUAAGAGAUCAGGAGGUUUACCGUAUGCCUUCUGUUGGAGCUAUCAAUGCAACACUAUUCAGGCGUGGCCUCAACCAAGAACCCGUUGAAAAUGGAGCUCCAUUGAAUGCCAUUCCAUUUAUUGAUCCCCUGGAUUCCUAUUAUGUCUUGAACCCUAGCGGUGAUCUUAGCAGGACUCAAGCUGAAUUCGAGAACUGGUUUAAAGAUCAAAACUUUGAGGGAAAGAGCGGGACUGCACCCACUAUCGAGGAAUUGACUGGAGCCUUGAAGAGUCACGACCUGUUUCUCUAUUUUGGACAUGGAAGCGGGGGGCAAUAUAUCCCUGGACAAGACAUCAAGGAGCUAGAAACCUGUGCAGCUUCUCUUCUCAUGGGAUGCAGCAGCGGUUCACUGACUUCAAACGGAUGCUACAUCCCUCAAGGCGCCCCUCUCUACUACCUCUCUGCAGGCUCCCCAAUCAUCGUUGCCAACCUGUGGGAAGUGACAGACAAAGAUAUUGACAGGUUUGGCAAGAAAAUGCUUGACGCUUGGUUUAGAGAAAGAUCAGGCGCUAGUGCCGGUUGUGAUCAAUGCAGUACAGUUUCAGAGCAAUUCAGGUCCCUUAACAUUACAGAAGGUGAAGGUAAGAGAAAGGUAAAGAGCCAGAAAGAGAGAGGUAUGUAUACAUUUGCUGAGCAUUGUAGGCAUAGACCUAGAGCAGGCUCAUUCAUGGGGGAAGCCAGAAAGGCUUGCUUCCUCCGCUAUUUGAUUGGGGCAGCACCAGUUUGCUAUGGUGUUCCCACAGGAAUCACCAGAAAAUUAGAUUAGAUAACUGUGUAAAUUACCUUUUUUAUUUUUUCUAAAAUUAGCUGGUAGUAUUGAGAGUAUGUAAAUGAAUUUUGAACUGAGUUUUAAUGAUAUACACAUUGCAGCAUAUGAUAUGAAUCUAUAAUGUAUAGGAACUCUUAAAUGUGA